UGUGGACCAGCUGAAUUGCCAUCAUUUGAGCGUUUGAAGAGAACCUGAUUCUGCAGGUAACAUAGUGAACAUUUACGGAACCAGGACGCUAUUCUUGUCAAUGGAAAAAAACGCGAACUCCUCAAUAAUGGCAUCAAUAUUUUGAUUAGAAUACUGCAUUUUUGUGGACAUGGAGGUUCUAUAUAGCAUUGACGUCGAAAGUGACGAUGCACAGAAAGACUGGUUGACAGAAGAAAAGUUUUGUUGUUGCCUGUCAUGCCAGAAUCUAAUGUGUAUUUGUAAACAAAGCACAAGCACAUCUGAAAAGGACGCAGCCGGUAAGUUUAAUGCCGUAUACGAAGUAAUUGUAUUUGAUCUGGACAAGCCAUGGGAGUUUUUCACAGUGAUGACAAGUGCAGUAUCUAUAACUGGGAUGACUUGGGACAGGACAGGCACACGUCUUCUCAUCACAGACAUGGACGGGCAAUGUCAAGUGUGGCAGAUGGAGGAUUUCUUUAUCAACAGAUGGAAGUUACUUGGAAGGUCAUCAAUUCCUGGAGAAGAGAUUUUGGCCAUGGCAUGGUUCCAUACAGGUGUACAGAUAAAUUUCAAUCCUGAAAAGAGGGAUGCUGUAACCUACACUGAGAAAUUCCUGCGGUCAAAGUUCACACCGACCCUGACGCAUUUCGGAGGACAGCCGUUAGACGGUUGGUUGGCAGUCACAGCAUCAGGACUGAUCAGUGUCGGUGUGAUCAAUCAGCAGGAUCAGAGUAUUAUGACAGCCAAGGCCAGUCUGGGAGGUAAUCACCUGCGCCUCAGCCUGGCCAGCAUUGCUCACACAGGCACAGGUGAGGUAAUGGUGGCAACUGCGGACGGACAGCUGUCUUCUACCAUACAGUGUUUCCUGGUGACAGUAAGAGUCACACAGAAUGCGGUCAAGGUUACAGCCAAAGCCAGUUCCAGUCUUUACAUGAAAAGUCAGAUGGACUAUGGUGGCCAGGAUAGUCAGAAGAUGAUGGUUUCUCAUAUACAGUUUCUCAAUGCAGAGAGCAGCGACACGCUGAUUCUUUGUUGUGGUAGUCAAGGUUACAGCUGUCUGGAGGUUUGGCAGCUUAUUGACCAGCACAUCCCACUCAACAAACUGUUUCAGAUGAGUUCAGACACUGCCUACAAGAUCCCGAAGUGGAUGCACAAGGCUACCAUCCCUCAUGCUUCCUAUCUCUCGGCCAUUGCUGGCCCAACACUUCCUAUGAGUAAGACCUUCAUGGAGACUGGGUUCUCCCCGUACAUCGCUGUGGCAUACAGAGACAGCACUAUCAAGCUCAUCCACCGAUACACACAUCAGGUUAUUCACACAUACUUUGAUGCACUCGGUGCUGCCAAUCAAAGUGUCAGUCCUUCAAAACGACAAAAACUGACGAUUCAUGCUUCUAAUAUGAUUCAGACACUGAGUGGGUGUGGUUUGGUAGCAUUACACGAUGGAAAGGUGUCUGUGUUACGUGUGUACAAUAUGCGUGAUGGAAUGAUGGCGAUGAAUCCAUCUUACGUGUGUCUGCUGCUGGAGUAUGCCAUGUUUACAGGCCAGGAUUGGUGGGAUGCCAUGCUAGCAGUGAAACAAAACACUAUUGAUGGAAUCAGCCAGAAAUUAACAGAGAAUUAUUUCAAACAAACCUACUCCAUGCAGGAUGUGGUCAGUAUCCGCCUUGUUGCCCUCAAGGUGGCACUGUAUAGUAGUGCCAACAAUGGCCAUCAGAGGGCCAUGGACUACCAUGCACGCCUGGUCCUGCAGUCCAUCACAGCCUUGUUCAGGGGACUGUUGCGACCAAAGUCAGCCAACCAACAAGAGAAGACACCUGCUGAGAAACUAGGAGCUUUGUGUAAAACAACAGACGGAAAUCUAGAGAAUAUCCUACUUAAUCUGGAAAUUGAGGAUUUCCUGAUCGAUUCUAGAAAGAGAGACAAAGCACAAGGAUCAGGAGAAAGUGCUCUCCAGUCCUUGCAGCCUCUGAUACAGUGGGUGGCUGAUUUUACACUCCACUUGCUUGCCACUAUUCCAAUGUACCAAUCCUACUCCAGCUUCCCAGGAUCUUCCCUUCUCACCGAUCGCAGCUUACUCAACACGUUACGGGAACUUCUCGUCAUUGUGCGUGUGUGGGGCAUCAUAAGCCCGUCCUGUCUCCCUGUCUUCACAACUUCAAGUACAGACUGUCUUGCUCACUUGUUCAAGGUUGUAACCAAAGCAUGGCAGUGCUGUAAGGAAGGGGGUGGGGUCGAGUGCGAUGAUGCCCUCCUUGACGAGUGUUGUCUCCUUCCAAGCAAAAUUGUCAUCCCCAGUAUGAAUCAGAGUUUCCGAUUGGAUGAUUCAGGUUACAGUAUAUUUACCCAACCAGGCCCUCAGAUGUUCAGCUUGGGAGAGGAGCCCGAAUUUAUGUAUAACAGAAAGAAACUCAAAUUUCCAUUCUUAUCUGAUGUGCUGACCGAGAGCCAACAGAAUCAUGAUAUCAUAAGACAAGUGCAUCUUGGUGCUCGCCCAUCUGAGGCGGUGAGAAGGUGCACAAGGUGUGGAGGAUAUUCUCUUAUCAAAAGUCUUGGCAAAUCUCCUAUAAUGAAGUCAUGGGAAGCUCGAUGGAGGAAAAACUGUUUGUGUGGGGGGCUAUGGAAAGUAGAGAAAUGAUAAUAUCACUAUACAUGUUACUGUUUGUAUACAAAUGUACCGACACCUUAAAAAGGAGAUUUUCCUGUAUUAUUGGGAAUACAUGUUAAACAAAUCUCUAGUCUUUUGAUAUACAUAUGUCAUUUUAACUUUCCAUUGAUCAACGCUGCAGUCAAACUGUCAUGAUACUCCGAUAUGAAAUCUAGAGAAGUAUACAUCCUACAGCAGAUUUGAAAUCUACACAAUCUUGAAUUAUCAAAUGUAAAAAUAAAAUGUAAAAUACCUUC